AACUUCUGAUAAAUAAUACAAGAAGCUAGCUGAGUGGUCUUCAGCAAUUCAAUGGAUGCGGCUCUGGAAAUCAGUGAGUUUGUAAAUAGAGUGUGGGUCCAGUGUGAGAAUGAAAGCUGCUUGAAGUGGAGGCUGCUGUCUCCCAAGGCUGCAGCCAGGGUGGAUCACAGUAAGCCGUGGUACUGCUUCAUGAAUGCUGACUCCAGCUACAACAGCUGCUCGGUUUCUGAGGAGGAUUUUCCUGAAGAGUCUCAGUUCCUUGAAAGAGGGUAUAAGAUUGUCUAUUCACAGCUUCCUCUUGGAAGCCUGGUUUUGGUAAAGUUACAGAAGUGGCCAAGUUGGCCAGGGAUACUUUGUCCUGAUCCUUUCAAAGGGAAAUACGUGACCUAUGACCAGGAUGGAAAUGUUGAAAACUAUUAUAUAGAGUAUCUGGGUGAGCCCCACUCUACAGCCUGGAUGAGUGCAGCAUUUGUUGGACAUUUUAGUCUCACAUUACAGAUGGCAGAAUAUACAAAUAAAAAUAAAACGAGGUGGUAUAGGAGUGCCCUUGAGGAGGCGUACCGGCUCUAUUGGUGUUCUCCUGAGCAAAGACUGGAAGUGUGCUGCCUGUCAAAGCAGGUUGUCUCUGAGACAGAAGCUUUACUGAAAGAACUGGAGAAAAUGCUGCAGCAAGUACAAGAAUCCCCAGCAAGAGCGGAGGAAGCAGGGGGAGAACAGUUGUCCCAGUGCAGCCUGGGAGCCUCCACAGGCAGUCCAUUUCAGAGCUACCAUGAAGAGGACUGUAUUCUGCCUGAUGGCACAGUACUAAAAGCCGGAGAAUGUAUUGAGAACAUAACUAACAAUUUAAAAAAGAUAGCUGCUCUAAUAUCUGAAAUUUAA